AUGUCUGCCGCGACGGCGACGAACGUGACGAACGAUGCGAAAGCGUCGAACGCGACGGCGAACGCGGAUGGGACGACGCCCGCGGCGCAACAACCGGGGGCGGGGACGAGCUCGCUGUACGUCGGGGACCUGGAGACCUCGGUGACCGAGGCGCAGCUGUACGAAAAGUUCUCAUCCAUCGGACCGGUGGUGUCGAUUCGGGUGUGCCGGGAUUUGAUCACGCGACGAUCGCUCGGGUACGCGUACGUGAACUUUCAAUCGCCGAACGAUGCGGCGCACGCGAUUGAUGUGUUGAACUUUCAAGUCAUCAACGGGAAGCCGAUUCGCGUGUUGUACUCGCAGCGAGAUCCGGCGGUGCGAAGAUCUGGCGUGGGGAACAUCUUCAUCAAGAAUCUCGAUAAGGCGAUCGACAACAAGGCGUUGCUCGAUACCUUUGCGCAGUUCGGGACGAUCACGAGCGCCAAGGUGGCGAUGGAUGGCCAAGGGAACUCGAAGGGCUACGGCUUCGUGCAAUUCGAGACCCAAGAGGCGGCGCAGGCGGCGAUUGACAACGUCAACGGUAUGGAACUGAACGACAAGCAAGUGUACGUCGGUCCGUUCCAACGCCGUGCCGAGCGCUCGAACACCGGCGAAGCCAAGUUUAACAACGUCUAUGUUAAGAACUUGAGCGAAAACUUGAGCGACGAAAAGUUGCGUGAAAAGUUUGCCGAGCACGGCGCGGUGACGAGCUGCGUCAUCAUGCGCGACGAAGAAGGCAAGUCUAAGGGCUUCGGCUUCGUGUGCUACGAAGAACCUGAAGGCGCGGCGGCCGCGGUCGAAAAGCUCGACGGGUACACCGAGGAUGAAAAGACUUGGGUUGUCUGCCGAGCGCAAAAGAAGGCUGAGCGCGAAGCCGAAUUGAAGGCCAAGUUCGACCAAGAACGCCGUGAACGCAUGGAAAAGAUGGCGGGCGCCAACCUCUACAUCAAAAAUCUUGAGGACGGCACCGACGAUGAAAAGCUUCGCGAAUUGUUCAAGGAGUUUGGCACCAUCACCUCUUGCCGCGUCAUGCGUGACGCCUCGGGCGUUUCUCGCGGUUCCGCGUUCGUCGCCUUCUCUUCUCCCGACGAAGCCACCCGCGCGGUGACGGAGAUGAACGGUAAGAUGGUCGGUGCCAAGCCGCUCUAUGUCGCUCUCGCGCAACGCAAGGAAGAACGCCGCAUGCGUCUCCAAGCGCAAUUCGCGCAGCGCAUGCCGGGCGCCGGUAUGCCGGGUGGCAUGGCUCCGUACAUGCCGCCGCCGGGCGUGCCAGGUGCUCCUAUGUACUACGGCCAACCGCCUCCGGCCGGGCAUGCCGGCCAAGGCGUUCCGGGCGCCCAGCGUGGCCGUGGUGGCCGAGGUGGCCCGGCCGGUGGCCGUGGCCAGCGUCAAAACAUGCGAUACAACGCCGCCGCGGCUAUGCCGAUGCCGCCGAUGCCGGCGGAGGCGGCUAACCCGAUGGCUAUUCUCGCUUCUCAGCUCUCCGCCGCCGCUCCGGAUCAACAGCGCAUGAUUCUUGGUGAAGCCCUCUACCCGCUCAUUGAGAGCAAGGACGCCGCCAACGCCGCAAAGAUCACGGGUAUGUUGCUCGAGAUGGACCAGUCGGAGGUCCUUCACUUGAUCGAGUCUCCGGACGCGCUCACCUCCAAGGUUCAAGAAGCCCUCGCUGUGCUGAAGGCUGCCGCCGAGGAAGGUGCGUAAUCGCUCCGUCGAUGAAGUAUGCACUUCAAACUCAGUGAGUGAGGAUACGUUUGGUAUGAGAAUUCUUUGGCGAGUCUUCUCGUGCGCGCGCACGAGAAGAGGCACAACAUUUUUAGCGAGCUGCGGGCCGCGCGAGCGCGAGCGAGCUGUCGCGAUAUUUCAUCGCGACGUCUCGUCGACGCUUUGACGCGGCCCGCGGCAACGAUACGAUAGCACCAAUAGGCGGGCGCCAUUGGGGGGUGCGAGACGGUAUUUCUUUUGUCUAUGCGCUCAACCGCGACCAUGGUGUCCACAGCCGCCGCGAGAAUCACGAAUGCUCUCGCCGCGAGCCGACUGCGGACCAGAAACUAGCGUGAUGGACUCCAUCACGUGCAUGAAAAAAACGAAAAAAAAAGGGCGACGCUGUUGCGCUUUUGAGCCAAGAACAGGUCGCAGUAUCAAGACUUUAAGACGCAUACGUUGCUGUCUGCACUUUUGACUCUCGAAAUCCACCAAUACGAGCAGCAAAUUUUCAAAAUAUCGAUACAAAAAAUACAACUCUCUA